GGAGCACGGGUUUGGUUGCGAGAAAAUGGCCAGCAUUAUCCAAGUACUGUACUUUCCUGUGCGGAGGGAGUCGUCGUGUUCAGGACAGAUUAUGGUCAGGUGUAUACUUACAAUCAGCGUUCAAUCACACACCAAAAAGUAGCAGCUAUGCAGCCUGCAAGCACAGAUGGUCUGGAGGACAUGGCAGCCCUGAUAGACCUUCAUGAUGGUGCCAUCAUGCACAAUCUAUUCCAGCGAUAUCAGCAAAACAGAAUUUAUACUUAUAUUGGCUCCAUUGUUGCCUCAGUCAACCCCUACAAGAUCAUUCCAGGCUUGUACGACCGCACCACAGUGGAGCUAUACAGCCGGCACCACCUGGGAGAGAUUUCACCUCAUAUCUUCGCAGUGGCAAAUGAAUGCUAUCGCUGCCUGUGGAAGCGCCAUGACAACCAGUGCGUUCUCAUCAGCGGGGAAAGUGGGGCUGGGAAAACAGAAAGCACUAAACUGAUCCUCAAGUUUUUGUCUGCCGUGAGCCAACAUUCCCUGGAACUCUCUUGUAAGGAGAAGACCUCAACUGUUGAACAAGCCAUUUUGGAGAGCAGCCCAAUUAUGGAAGCUUUCGGCAAUGCAAAGACUGUUUACAAUAACAACUCAAGUCGCUUUGGAAAAUUUGUUCAACUGAACUUCUGUCGGAAAGGCAACAUUCAGGGAGGGAAAAUUGUAGAUUAUUUAUUAGAAAAGAAUCGAGUAGUGAGGCAGAAUCCAGGAGAGAGAAAUUAUCACAUAUUCUAUGCCCUGCUGGCAGGGCUUGAGGGAGACCACAGAGAUGCAUUUUACCUGUCCGUGCCAGAGAACUACCACUACCUGAACCAGUCUGGCUGUGUGGCCGACGAGACAAUCAGUGACAGGGAGUCCUUCCAAGAAGUCCUGAUGGCCAUGGAAGUGAUGCAGUUUACUCCAGAGGAGGUGCAUGACGUCCUUAGGCUGCUUGCAGGCAUUUUGCACCUUGGCAACAUUGAAUUUAUUACUGCUGGUGGAGCACAGGUGUCCUUCAAAGCAGCUCUGGGUAGAUCCUCAGAGUUACUUGGACUGGACUCAACGCAGCUAACUGAAGCACUGACGCAGAGGUCAAUGAUACUCAGGGGAGAAGAAAUUUUAACGCCUCUCAGUGUUCAGCAGGCAGCAGACAGCAGAGACUCCAUGGCCAUGGCACUUUAUUCCCAGUGCUUUGCUUGGAUUAUUAAAAAAAUCAACAGCAGAAUAAAAGGCAAAGACGACUUCAAGUCCAUUGGGAUUUUGGACAUCUUUGGAUUUGAGAAUUUUGAGGUCAAUCACUUUGAGCAGUUCAGUAUCAACUAUGCAAAUGAAAAGCUGCAGGAGUACUUCAACAAGCACAUUUUUUCGUUAGAGCAAUUGGAAUACAGCAAAGAGGGGCUGGCAUGGGAAGACAUCAACUGGACAGAUAAUGGGGAGUGCUUGGAUCUUAUUGAAAAAAAACUUGGUUUGUUAGCACUUAUUAAUGAAGAGAGCCAUUUCCCUCAAGCCACUGAUAGCACCUUGUUGGCCAAGUUGCACAUCCAGCAUGCGAGCAAUCCUUUCUACGUGAAGCCCAGAGUUGCUGUCCAUAACUUUGGAGUGAAACACUAUGCUGGGGAGGUCCAGUAUGAUGUCAGAGGGAUCUUGGAGAAAAACAGGGACACUUUCCGGGAUGAUCUCCUGAACCUCUUGCAGGAAAGCAGCCUUGAUUUCAUCUAUGACCUCUUUGAACACGUUUCGAGCCGCAACAGCCAAGACACUUUGAAAUGUGGCAGCAAGCACCGGAAAGCCACCGUCAGCCUCCAGUUCAGAGAUUCGCUGCAUUCCUUAAUGGCAACCCUGAGCACAUCCAACCCUUUCUUUGUCCGCUGCAUCAAGCCAAAUAUGCACAAGAUGCCAGAUCAGUUUGAUCAGAACGUGGUGCUGAAUCAGCUGCGUUAUUCCGGGAUGCUUGAGACAGUGCGGAUCCGGAAGGCGGGUUUUCCAGUGCGAAGGCCCUUCCAGGAUUUUUGUAAAAGAUAUGAAGUCCUGAUGAGAAAUCUGUCUCUCCCAGAAGAUGUAAAAGGGAAGUGUGCAGCCCUCCUUCAUCUCUAUGACAGCACGAGCACUGAAUGGCAGCUUGGAAAAGCUAAGGUGUUUCUUCGGGAAUCUUUGGAACACAAGCUGGAAAAGCAGCGAGAGGUUGAAGUUGCGAAGGCAGCCAUGAUCAUCCGAGCUCACGUCUUGGGCUACAUGGCACGGAAGCACUACAGAAAGGUCCUUUAUCAUGUGGUUGUCAUACAGAAGAACUACCGAGCUUUCUGCUCCAGGAGGAAAUACCUGCUGCUGAAGAAGGCAGCCAUCACCUGCCAGAAACUGCUGCGAGGCCAGCUUGCCCGUCGGGUCUACAGGCAGCUGCUGGAGGAGAAGCGACAGCAAGAGGAGGAGAGGAGGAGGAGAGAGGAGGAGGAAAGAAAGAAACAAGAGCAGGAAGCAGAACGUCUUGCACAGCAGGCUGAAGAAGAGAGGAGGCAGCAGGAGCUGGCAGCGAUUGAGGAGGCCCGAAAGGAAGAAGCCCUAAAGCGAGAGCUGGAGAAGCAAAGAGAGAACAAGCAAGUGGAAGAGAUCCUGCGUCUGGAGAAGGAGAUCGAAGACCUGCAGCGUGUGAAAGAGCAGCAAGAGCUGUCAUUGACAGAGGCCUCCUUGCAGCGGCUGCAGCGGCUCAGAGACGAGGAACUGAAACGCUUGGAGGAUGAUGCCUGCCGAGCAGCACAGGAGUUUUUGGAGUCUCUGAACUUUGAUGAAAUUGAUGAAUGUGUCCGAAACAUUGAGAGGACCCUUUCGGUAGGCAGUGGCUUCUGCCCAGAACUCAGCGACUUGACCAAAAACACAGGCCUUGAAAAGCCCAGUUUUAAUUUCAGCCAGCCAUACCCUGAGGAGGAGGUGGACGAGGGCUUUGAAGCAGAUGACGACGCUUUCAAGGAUUCGCCCAAUCCAAGUGAGCACGGCCACUCUGACCAAAGGACGAGCGGCAUCAGGACAAGCGAUGACUCUUCCGAAGAAGACCCCUACAUGAAUGACACGGUCGUGCCGGCCAGUCCGGCCACUGGCAACAGCACCCUCAUUCCUUCGAGUCACGACUCCCUCAGUCUCCACAACUCCUCGAGUGGAGAAUCUACCUACUGCAUGCCAGAAAAUGUCCCCUGCAGGCACCAGAACUCUACAGAUCUGAUUUCUCCCGACGGGGACUAUGAUUAUGACCAAGAUGACUAUGAAGAUGGGGCCAUCACUUCUGGAAGCAGCGUGACCUUCUCUAAUUCUCACAGCAGCCAGUGGUCCCCUGAUUAUCGCUGCUCCGUGGGGACAUAUAACAGUUCUGGAGCAUACCGGUUCAGCUCAGAAGGAGCACAGUCUUCAUUUGAAGACAGUGAGGAGGAUUUCGACUCUCGGUUUGAUACAGAUGAUGAACUUUCUUAUCGGCGGGAUUCUGUCUAUAGCUGCGUCAGCCUUCCCUAUUUCCACAGCUUUUUGUACAUGAAAGGGGGCUUAAUGAACACAUGGAAGCGCCGCUGGUGUGUCCUGAAAGACGAGACCUUCUUGUGGUUCCGCUCCAAACAGGAAGCGCUCAAGCAAGGCUGGCUGCAUAAGAAGGGUGGGGGGUCGUCUACACUGUCCAGGAGGAACUGGAAGAAACGGUGGUUUGUUCUUCGGCAGUCGCGGCUGAUGUACUUUGAAAACGACAGUGAAGAAAAACUCAAAGGAACCCUGGAGAUCCGAACAGCCAAAGAUAUCAUUGAUAACACCAGCAAGGAAAAUGGGAUUGACAUUGUCAUGGCAGACAGAACCUAUCACUUGAUUGCCGAAUCACCUGAAGAUGCAAGCCAGUGGUUCAGUGUUCUGAGUCAAGUUCAUGCCUCCACCGAGCAGGAAAUCCGAGAGAUGCAUGAUGAGCAGGCAAAUCCACAGAACGCAGUGGGCACACUGGAUGUGGGGAUGAUUGAUUCUGUCUGUGCAUCUGACAAUCCAGAUCGACCCAAUUCCUUUGUGAUAAUCACCGCUAACCGUGUUCUUCACUGCAACGCUGAGACUCCAGAGGAAAUGCACCACUGGAUCACUCUGCUGCAGAGAUCCAAGGGCGACACCCGAGUCGAGGGACAAGAGUUCAUAGUGAGGGGAUGGCUUCACAAGGAGGUCAAGAACAGUCCCAAGAUGACGUCACUGAAGCUAAAGAAGCGGUGGUUCGUCUUGACGCACAAUUCGUUGGAUUAUUACAAGAGCUCAGAGAAGAAUGCCCUCAAAUUGGGUACUCUGGUGCUAAACAGUCUCUGCUCUGUUGUACCCCCAGAUGAGAAGACCUUUAAAGAGACAGGUUACUGGAAUAUUGCAGUAUACGGGCGCAAGCACUGUUACCGCCUUUAUACCAAGUUGCUCAAUGAAGCCACUCGCUGGUCCAGUGCUAUUCAGAAUGUGACGGAUACAAAGGCCCCCAUCGACACGCCAACUCAGCAGCUGAUCCAAGACAUCAAAGAGAACUGCCUAAACUCUGAAGUUGUUGAACAGAUCUAUAAGAGGAACCCUAUUCUUCGUUACACACAACAUCCGCUGCAUUCCCCUCUAUUGCCCCUCCCCUAUGGGGACAUCAGCUUGAAUGUGCUGAAAGACAAAGGCUACACAACACUGCAGGAUGAAGCCAUCAAGAUAUUUAAUUCUCUGCAACAGCUGGAGUCUGUGUCAGAUCCCGUUCCUAUUAUUCAGGGCAUUCUUCAGACAGGGCAUGAUUUACGGCCCCUACGAGAUGAGCUUUAUUGCCAGCUCAUCAAACAGACAACCAAAGUGCCCAGUCCGGGAAGUGCCGGCAACCUGUACAGCUGGCAGAUCCUCACCUGCAUGAGCUGCACAUUUCUGCCCAGCCGUGGCAUCCUCAGGUACCUGAAGUUCCACCUGAAAAGGAUCCAUGACCAGUUUCCAGGCACUGAAAUGGAAAAAUAUGCCCUUAUCAUUUAUGAGUCCCUUAAAAAGACCAAAAGCAGAGAAUUUGUGCCAUCCAGGGAUGAAAUUGAAGCCCUGAUCCAUAGACAGGACAUGACAUCAACAGUCUACUGUCACGGUGGAGGAUCUUGUAAGAUCACCAUCAGUUCCCACACUACAGCUGGGGAGGUUGUUGAAAAGUUAAUUCGAGGCUUGGCCAUGGAAGAUAGCAGAAAUAUGUUUGCUUUGUUUGAGCACAAUGGAACUACAGAGAAAGCCAUUGAGAGCAGAACCAUUGUGGCUGACGUCUUGGCAAAGUUUGAAAAGCUUGCUGCUGCUUCAGAAGGAGGGAGCAUGGCGUGGAAAUUUUACUUCAAGUUGUACUGCUUCCUAGACACAGAGCACGUGCCAAAAGACAGUGUGGAAUUUGCAUUCAUGUUUGAGCAGGCACAUGAAGCGGUUAUUCAAGGACAUUAUCCAGCUCCUGAAGAAACCCUGCAGAUCCUUGCUGCCCUGCGGCUCCAGUACCUGCAAGGCGAUUACACGUCAUCCAACAUCACCGUGCCAGAGAUUGAGGAGGUCUAUCCUCUGCAGAGGCUGAAGUCACGUAUUUUCCAGUCCACCAAAAUGUUUACCCCAGCAGAGAGGCUGGAGAGGAAGCGGGCCACCUUUCUGGAUGGGACCCUGCGGAGGAGUUUCCGCAGCAGCUCCGUCAGCAAGCAGAAGAUGGAAGAGGAUCAAAUGCUGGACAUGUGGGUCAAAGAGGAGGUCUCUGCUGUCAGGACUAGCAUGAUCGAUAAGUGGAAAAAAAUUCAGGGAAUGAACCAAGCUCAAGCAAUGGCCAAAUACAUGAGCUUGAUUAAGGAGUGGCCAGGCUAUGGGUCAACCCUCUUUGAUGUGGAGUGCAAAGAAGGGGGAUUCCCUCAGGAGCUUUGGUUGGGCGUCAGUGCUGAUGCAGUUUCUGUCUACAAGCGUGGGGAGGGCAGGCCGCUGGAAACUUUCCAGUAUGAGCAUAUCCUCUCCUUUGGGGCUCCCUUUGCCAACGCCUACAAGAUUGUUGUCGAUGAGAGAGAGCUGCUCUUUGGGACCAGCGAGGUGGUUGACAUUGCCAAAUUGAUGAAAGCCUAUAUCAGCAUGAUUGUGAAGAAGCGCUACAGCACCUCUCGGUCAGUGAGUAGCCAUGGAAGUCAAGGCAGCUCCAGGUGAAACCCAAGAAUACUUUUUGUGCACUCUUUGUAUCAAGAUAUAUCACUGCCAGCCUCUUGGCUUCUCCAGAUAUGGAAACUGAAAGCAUCUCUCCAGCAACACACACACAAGUUCAUCUAACGUCUGCUUGCAUAGUCCUCAACUAAACUCACUGAUGAGCAUGUCAAGCGUUAAGAUGUCCAAAGUUUUGUUACCUCUAGAUAACGUACUGUAUGCCUUAACUUAACACUGCCUUCUAAGCAGGAAGAAGUGCCUUAAAUAGAUUAAAACCAACUUGCAUUGACCGUUGCUGUAUUAUCAGAGGGGAUUUUUUU